UCUGAUCUUCCAAGUUGAAUUCGCAUAAGUCCAAGGCCCCCGGAACCAUCACUUACAAGAUGGCCAUCUACCACAUUGUCCUCUUCCGCCUCAAACCCGGCGUCAGCAAGGCCCGAGUUGACCAUUGGUCCAGCCUAGCAAAGGGCAUGGUCGGUCAGAUCCCUGGUCUCCGAGAACUCCAAGCCGGCGGCCCCCUCGCAGCCACGGCCGCCAGAGCCAAGGGCUUCGAUAUGGGAAUUGUGGCUAUCCUGGAGAAGCCAAAUGAUGUACAAACGUAUGCUGCGCAUCCUGCGCAUCUGGAGGUGCAGAAGUUGAGAGAGGAACUGUGCGACGAUGCGUUGGCUUAUGACUUGGAGUUUUGAGGCAUGGAAGUAAAUGAACAGGGGGUCUGCUUGGGCAGGAGGAGAAGGAUGGGGAGCAAGCUACAAGAUGUACAUACUGUCAGGCAAUGAGAUUCUGGAUACACGCGCUUAUUUUAC